CUGUAGAAUUUUUGUACCUACCUUUUUUAUGUAACCAUAUAAAAGUAGUGCAAGUUAUAACCGUGACAGUGAAAACUGUUUGGGACAUUAAAGGUCAUAUCAGAAAGGCUAUUUAUUGACAGAAUAUGUAUGUGUGCUUAGCGGGUGAGUUGUCAUGGAAUUCAGAGUCUUCUCAUGUUCACUGACAUUUUGAUCACGUCUGUCACGCUGACUUGAUCCUUACGAUGUCGUGCCAGCGAUGACUCACGGUUUGGUCGAGUGGUCUUGAGGAGAGGGAGGGGUCGAGCUGGUUGGCAGGCAGGCUCGUAGUGAAAAACCCUCUGUCCACAGUGUGUUCAGCUCGUCACAGAGCCGCCUGUCUUUUCCCGUCUGCUCGCUCCGAAGGGGCGGGGCUUCUCAGCAUCCAUCGUUUCUGCGGUCCACGAUGCACAUUCUUGCUCUUUUGCUCUGAAAGGAUGGUUUGUAUACGCUGCAACAUGAGCCCACACUCUCGAGUGUGCACGCACACAUUCUUCACUUAUUACCACGUCUCGUUUUGCUUAUCGAGCAUCAUGGUGUCUGUAACUUUGUAAGUGUCCCCCGGAGACGAAUGCUUUCAGGGGGAUUAAGUUUGAUUUGAACAACGUUGUUGGUCAGUUCAUUUCGAUUGGUUGGGAAGGUUGUAAAAGAGGUGGUGGAAUUCGGUAAAGGUUAUAAGCUUUGGGAGUAUAACAUUGCCUGAGAACCUUCUUUUUUUGGGUGAUAACAAAGGCAUCGAUUCAGAAUUGAUUAGUGAGUAGAUUUGUUUAUUUUUUACAGUUAGAUUUGCUUUUAAGACUACAUUUAUUUUUGGCUAUGCUUACAUUAAUGCGGAUGAAUUUCAAAACUGACACAAAUUCUGUGUUUCGGCCCUCCGUCCGCAUACCUUAAAGAAAUGACUUAGAAACUUGCAUACUUUAAAAAUACGUUUUCACCUUGACUUUUAUUUUUGCGUGAAAUCAUGUGUCCUCAUUGCACAUGAUAAUAACAUUGUACCAUAUAAGUGGUUUAGUAAACUUCGUAUUGUUGACAUAUCAUACUUACAAUUUUACUGCCCAGCCCGAGUUUUGCUAAAUAUCAUUAAUUUGUGUGUGAAUUUUCAGCGUAAUGGAAAUGUCAUUCAUUGGAGGUAGUGUUAUGUCUUUUCUAAAGAGCGAUAAGAAAGCUGUUCCAUUCAGUUGUCAAGCAUUGUGUUAGCAGGCUGUGGGUUUGAUACCCAGGGCGUAUAUCUUGAAUGCAAUGCAAGCCACUUUGCAUCACCCAAGCGCAUAAAAUGUUAAUAUAAGACCAAACACUGCCAGUGUGAUGUGUUUGUUAUCUGCAGGCCUGUCGCCGGUUGUUUACUUUCAACAUCCUUUGCAGUCGCUAUUUACCAGAUGUGGCUUACAGUGGAGUCAUUUCCUGGACCCCUGGAGUCUCCGAGAUCCCCAACACCCACUACAGUUCUAGCACAUCUCUCUCAUCUGGGUAUAAAGAUGGGUGAAGGGAGGAGUGUACUUGCCUGAAUUCUGCAGGAUGUGUUCGGUCUGAAAUCACAGCCUAGUCACUAAUUACGGCCUUUUGGGGGAUAUAAAGUAACAGCAGCUGUGAUGACCCACAUUUGAUUCGUAUCCCAAACUGUUACACACAAGGAUCUUGCACAAGAGCUGUGCUGGUUUGAAACGCCUACUGAGAGGGUGGGGCGACUUAUGGAAAAAGUGAGUUUUUUUUAUUGGGCACAAAUAGGAUUUGGAACUUUGGGAUAAACAACAGGCGAUACCACAGUUCCCUGACACCAGCUUUUGUCCGAUGUUCUGUAUUUAGAUAUCCAUUCAGACUCUCACAUAGGACAUUCAUUUAUCAGUUUUAAUAGAUAAGUGUCCCUGUGCUGUCGCUCUUUGCUCUCUGCGUCCAACACGGCAAUUCAUGGAAUUUGUGUUCCACUGUAGGGGUUAGAUGAUGUAUGCAUGACAUCAUUUUGUAUGAUAUCAUAUGAUAAAGCAGGGGCGUUGGGAACGCUUCAGGGUAACUUACGGAACUGUACACUAUGUAGGGAAAUACAUGUUGUUGCCAAAGUGAGUUUUGAUUGGAUAGUCAUUGAAUUCUUAAGUAAACACCCUAGCCUUGACCUGACGUGGCUGAGUUUAAAUUUGGGUCAGAAAGACCCUUGUGAUCCAGACAGCCGAGUACAGACAAGGCUUCCAGGCUCCAGCGUUUGUUUUAACACCCGGUUUAAUGUCACUAUUCCGCUGUCUCAGAAUAGCACUCCAUAAUCACAAGCAUAGAUAGUGAACAAGACCUUGUCCUUGUACAACAGCACGGGAGAGAUUGGUCAGUCAUGAUAAGCAACAAAAUACGCAUUUGAAAUGUUAUUUUUUACGAUGGCGAAUAUGCUGGCCUGUCUCAAUUCUACGAUAACUCUUGUCACGAGUGGCAGGCUUUCCAAAAGUAAAUUGUUUUCCAGCAGCUAAUAUCAGUGAGUCAGAUCCAGAUGGUGGGUGAAGAACAAGGUCCAGCCACGGUGUGAUCUUUGGCCCCUGUGUGUUUGUUGGUUUUGCGCCGUCUCUCGUGGGUCUGUCCACACAUCUGUUUUGUUGCUUAAAGUGUUGCGUCAUCCAGAACUACGUCCACAAAACAGACUUCCUCCAUCUUCACACAAACUCAUGAGACACACUUUCACAGUUCCCCGGAGGGUUAACUUAUAGGCUUCUGUCAGAAUUCCACCGGAUGCCCAGCGCCACCCCCGGAGUCUCUGUCAUUACCAGGUGAUCGGAUCUCUCUAGACCCAGCCUGCAAAAUGACUGGGACUCUCCAGCUGGUUUAAAACUCGCCGAGAGUCAAAUUGCAGUUCCCUACCCCCAGCUAAAACCAAAUCAUGAGCCACUCCAAACUAAGGACAAUGAAGCCUUCUUUACUGAAAUCCACCCACCAGGAGCACCAGUUGGAUGCAGGCAAUCUUAUGUUGAUGCAUCAUCAUUUAUCACAUUUUACAAUCUCUUUCAUACGUUUCAUUUUGAUCUGCUUUUCACCAGACCAGUUAGGUCUAGAGGCGGGGCUUCAGUAUUGCUUUUUUCUAAUAGUCAUAUGUUUUUAUACCACUCCCAUCAUACAAAUUCAUACAUAUUAGCCAUCUAGUAAUAUAGUUAAGUGUUCAGAGAUUGUAGAGAACGAGGCGCUUUGAAGCUAUCUUUUUCUGUCCUUUAGCCUUUGUCAACCUCGCGUCAAUCCUCGACAUCCCUCUCAUAGUGAACAGUCUCUCAUAUUCCUCUUCAAGAGCAGUCAACACCCGACAAUUUACAGGAAUCGGACUCAACUUGGACUCAACUGUCAAACGUAUAAUUACAGAUCAGCCCAACAUUAUAAUAGUUAUGCAGCGCUAGAUAGUCACAAUCUCACUAUAGGAUUGACUUCAAGCGUAUCUAGAAGAUCUGGCACGUUUAGUCCCACAUCUUAUGCUUUCACCCGCUUCUGACCUGCUUUGAACUGCUGUUACACUCGGUGGCGUUCACUCUGGCGUUGGAAUUGCUGAUGUAUGUUAUUCAAAUGUUUUUAUUAUGGGAUAACUGAAAACGUUUGUCAUUUGUUUAAUCUGGAAAGUUUAGUGUUUGGGCAAAUGUGGAGUGCUUAGAAGUUCAGAUGAGGACUCUUGCAAGCACUGUUUACAUGGCCACAUUCUAGUCUGCUGUGAUUUCUUUUUUUGUAUGUGUUGGGGUGGAGGGCAGACUGUAUGAGUACCUGGAUGCUUUUUAUUGGUUCAGCCGUUUUGGCAUGGCUCUGUGUGAGAUGCGAUUGGAUGACCUGGAGAGUGGAAAAUAUGGGGCAAGACAUUCCAAACAGAUUUCAUCAGUCCUGACAGACAUACAGUACUUCGCUUAGCUUUGUCUUUCUGUAUUUUUAUCCGUCAUUUCUCUGGUUCAAACGUGUGUAUGCUAGGCUCUGUUUUCUCUCCUUCUGUCUCUCUCUCUCUCUCUGUCUGUUUUUGACUUGGCAGACCCGUGGAUGUGAGUCCGUCUGUAAUUCAACCCAGAUGUUGGCCUCUCUCCAUUUUAUGUCUGACUCCGCCUCCUUCCUUCCAGUUUCCUCUAGUGUUUGACCUGUAUUUUUGCCUUUCUAUUUUUUUGUUCAUGUAAUCCUCUUCUUCCCUUUCUUUGUUUUUCCAUUCAUAUUGUUGUGCCAUCUUUGGUGGAAGUGUCGUCUUAGUUGUUGUUUUCUUGACUAUUCUACCCUUAAAGUUUUCCUUUUAAAUCGGACCUUUUUUAAUUUACCAAUGUGUUUACGUGCUCAAUAUCACCAAUUGACUUAUUUGUUUAGUAUUAUAGAACAAUGCUGAAAAAUACUAGGCCAAUACUGUAUGUUUAAUUGGGUAUUAUUUUUCCAUUGAGCAUCAUAUCCUGUUGUAUAUCUUAUAAUCUGUCUUUCUUGGUUCAAUUGAACCCAAGAGAACUGCGUAAUAUUGUGUCAUACAUGACUGUGUAUCAUAUGAACAGAUGCAUUUUCAGUCUAGAAAGCACACUGACUCUCUUUUCGUGGAUGAGCUGUCUGUACUGUGACUCAUUCAUGCAGAUGGAAACAAGUCUGUUGUGCACAAACCUCCUCCAGAUGCAUUUUACCAGUACUUUGACUUAUUAUCCUAUAGCGCCGUAUUAAAGCCUCUUGAUUCGAGAUGAAACAUUUCACACAUCACAUUUUCUCUUCAAUAGAUGUUCUGGCUGGGUUCAGUACAGGUUUAAAAGAUGUACAAUGCAUUAAGAGUAUCUACGUACAAUUUCAAAAAGUGUUUAAAUUGAUCUCACAUUCUUUUUAACAGCAAGCUUUACAUGUACCAUGGGAUUAUAAACACAUCUGUUGUCCAGUGUACUUAAAGAUUUUGCACACAGAGUGGGCCAAAGUUUUGUCUAAUUGUCUAAAAUUGCUUCGACAUGUCCUAACCUGUUUGAGAAGAGGGACACGGUUUUUAGGUGAGGUAAGAAUCCUGGGUUAGGAAUGCCAAGGAGAAGGGAGGAGGCUGUCUGGGCCUGAAUCAUCAAACCCUCUCACCACAGCCAGAGAUUGAAGGAUAGGCAUUAACCAUAUGACGGAAGAAGUUUGCUGUGAUGUUUUGUCUACUCUUCAAGGCUAUGAGAUCUGAUCUUUAAAGAAAUGUGGGCACUCCAACAGCGUUUAUGGUCUGCAGUUAAGCACUUUACCGAGCUCCUGGAUGAUCUGUCCCAGGAGGCUCUGCUGGGGCAGCUGCUGAGCGACCCGUUCCUGUCUGGACGCGGUGAUGUUAUGGACACGGAGGAGGGACUGAUCCCCGCCUCUCCGGUGCCGCCGCACAUCCAGGCCGAGCACAGUUACUCACUGUGCGGAGACUCACGCCCGCAGUCUCCCCUUUCACAUCUGCCUGGUGAACCUGGAAGUGACGGGGGUGAUUCAGACAAUGAAGAUUGGCCCAUGGAGCAGGAUGAUAAGGGGCUUAAGAUGGAACCUCUGCUGUGUGAUCCGCCCGCCCUGCUGCCCACACUGACUCUCACCCUGACCCCUGAGGGCACGACCCCUGAGCCCGACACCACAAGCGGUGACUCCACCCUCACGCUGACCCUUCCUCAGGCUACACAGAUUAAACCUCUCAAUGUAAAGGUGGAGACUAAGAGUUUCGGUCCUCAGAUUAAACUGGAGCCACAUGAGGUGGAUCAGUUCUUGAACCUCUCACCCAAAGGACUGGAGUCUUUGCAGAUGCCCCCCACUCCCCCCAGCUCUCACGGCAGUGAUUCAGAAGGAAGCCAGAGUCCUGUACACCCCUGCGCACCCGCCAGCCCGACACUGACCCCCGCUGUCCUCAAGGUGGCGCCAAGAGCCCCCUCUUCUCUCUCCAGCUCUCCUCUGCUAACAGCACCACACAAGCUACAGGGUUCAGGUCCCCUCCUGCUGACCGAAGAGGAGAAGCGCACUCUCAUCGCUGAAGGAUACCCGGUGCCCACCAAACUGCCCCUGUCCAAGUCUGAAGAGAAAGCCUUGAAGAAGAUUCGCAGAAAGAUCAAGAACAAGAUUUCAGCUCAGGAGAGCCGCAGAAAAAAGAAAGAGUACAUGGAUGCUCUAGAGAAAAAGGUGGAGACAUGCUCCACUGAGAACAGUGAACUACGCAGAAAAGUCGAGACACUUGAGUGCACCAACAAGUCCCUGUUGCAACAGCUGCAGUCGCUGCAGGCGGUGGUUGCAGGAAAGGUCCCGCGGUCCUGCAGGAUGACGGGCACCCAGACCUCCACAUGCCUCAUGGUAGUGGUGUUGUGUUUCUCUCUGUUCUUGGGGAGUUUCUAUCAAGGCCUGGGUCCCUGUUCUUCAAUCACCAAAACAGACCUGGCCAGAGACAUUUCCAUACAUGAGACAUACACUACUACAGUGAAGUCCCGCAACCUGUUGGCCUUUAAGGAGCACGGGGGGCUGGACGACCCCCAUUUCAUCGGCCUGGGAGGAGAAUAUCCUGAACGGGAUGGGCAGGUUGACGUCAUGGCAACUUGGCGUUUGGAACAGCAGCGCAAACAGGAACAGGCGGACCUGCGUGAGACAGAGCCACACCCACAUUUAAUAAAGACCAACGAAACGCAUGAGCACAACGCGUUUCUCAUAGACCUGCACGCACACAGGUCGGACAAAUAGUCAAAUGAGACCGCAAAAGUCAUACAGUUGGAGAGGACGGUCAAUGAGACAUCCUGAGGUUUGGCUGGCCCCCUCUCUCUUCCCCUCCCACCCCAUGUCCCGUAUCCCCCUCUCUCUCUCCCUGCAGUGGCGGGGCGAUAGGCUCUGUAUUUAUAGAUAUACUUUAAGUAUUGGUUUACUUAACUGAGUUCUCCUUUUUUUAAGAUAAAAACAAAAAUGUAUUUUUUAUUCCAUUCCAGCAGUAUAUGUAAUUUUGUUACUUUAUGCACACUGUUCUGCUUUAUUUUCUGUUUUUUUACAUGCUUUACAUUUUAUUUUCAUGCAUUUAAUUUACAUGCUUUAAAUUUGUUUUAAUGCAUGUAACUUGGUUUUCUUUAUUUUUUGCCUAUUAGCCCCAUGCUAUGGAGAACAUGUGUAGUAAUAUAUUGGAAUUAUUAUAGUUUUCGCAUUACACAUUGAAUGACUCGGGCUGUGGGGCUGGAUUUAUGGUAUUAUGUAGCAUGUCUCAUUCAUCCAAAGAUUUAAUGCAAAGAUUCCUAACUGAAACAAAAGAAAAUCUGAAAGAUUCUGUUAAAAAAAGAUAACAUACCAAACAACAUAUUUACAGUUUGAACAUGGGAACUUUCCAAAGCAUUUAAAAAUGUUUUCUAAAUGUGUCAUCUGUCUUUUGUGAUUUGUAAAUAUUUGUCAUAUCCUCUGUCGUAUUGUUGGGAAUAGAAAUUAAUUCAUCUACUUUUUGUUAACGGAGGGUAAUAAAGAGAAAUGACAUGGACAUGACAUGACAGGAUGGAGUCUCCGACCCUGGAACACACGAUCCAUAGUCCCUCAUAUGAAGUUGCCUUCUUUUAUUUGGUUUAAGGUCUAUAAAGGACAGAUGGCGCUUUUUGUCCUUGGCUGGCCACCAUCCAAACCGUCUCUGCUCUCUUCUGUGGACAAUAGAAGCUCGCUGACCAGUCUAUAGCGUUCUUUUGCCCAGAUUUGAAUGGUUUUGAUACCCGUAGUUAAGAGAUAUGUGUCAUGGGCCUUUGAGCGGGCAUGUGAUGAACUUGCACUGUGUCCCUAUGAAAUAUAUCUGUUAUUUAUUAUUUUUAGCAUGCCUGCAACCCUUUUUAUCCUGGAGAUGAGCAUUGUGAAGAUUUCUUCCCAUGUGAUGUAUUCAGACGUUUGAAUUGCAUUGGAAAAUGUGAUGCAGAGAUAAUUUUGUAUACGAGUUUGGUGUGCAACUUCUGUAUUUGUUGUGGCCUAAUAUAUGAGUGAUAUAUUAAUCUUCUCACUCUUAUAAAAUGCCCACCGAUUGUCCUAUGCACCUCUACAUUUUCAUUGUAUCACAAUUCAAUUUUAUGCUCUUUAAAAAUCACUCUUGCCUUGUCCUGUUUUCUGCAAAGCAAAUAAAUAUUUUCCUUAGUAAAAGCAUUUUAAA